AUGCCGCGGCGGACGGAGUACGAGGCGCUGCGCCGUGUGCUGGCGGGUGCGGGCGCGCCGCCCGAAGCCAGUGCGGCCGAGCUGCGGCAGCUGGAUGAGGAGUACCAGAAGCAGCGGAAUGCAUUGGUCGUCACGCAGGACGCGGCGUGGAGCGCCGAGCAGGAGGCGGCCUAUGCUGCGGCGCAGAUCGCGCGCUUGAAGACCGGAGCGGCAGAGGCCUCUCGGCAGGCGGAGGAAGUGCAUCAGGAGCUUCAGAGGCUCGCAGAGCUCGGCGAGGAGGAGCGCCGGGAGCGGCAGCGGGCCCUGCGCGAGCGCGAGGUGGCAGACGCUGCAGAAGAGGAGACAGCCAUCGGCCAGCGCCAGCUACAGUUUGUGGUAGCCCUGGCUGUGAGCUUCCUGUCUUCCAGCAUGCAGCAGGAGGAGCUCCGUCUGGGGCGCCGGCAUCUGGAAGGCUUGCGUUCACGACUCGAGUCGACGCUUUUCGCAAGCGCCGAUCAGUGGCCUGCGCAUUGA